AUGUGUGGCAACGGUGUGCGCUGUUUUGCCAGAUUCAUCGCUGAACUUGAGAAUUUACAUGGGAAGCAAAGUUUUACUGUGCAUACUGGUGCGGGUUUAAUUGUCCCUGAAAUUCAAGAAGAUGGGAAGGUUAAAGUUGAUAUGGGCGAACCAAUUCUUAAAGCAUCGGAUGUUCCUACAAAGUUACCAGCUAAUAAAGAUCAAGCUGUUAUUAAAUCUGAUCUUAAUGUAGAUGGAGUACUAUGGAAUGUUACUUGCGUUAGUAUGGGAAAUCCACAUUGUGUGACUUUUGGCAGUGAAGAAAGCCAGAAUUUGACUGUGGAUGAACUAAAUUUAGCAGCAAUUGGUCCUAAAUUUGAGCAUCAUGAAAUGUUCCCGGCUAGGACUAACACAGAAUUUGUCGAAGUUUUUUCUCAUGAGCACUUGAAAAUGCGUGUUUGGGAGCGCGGAGCAGGAGCAACACUGGCUUGUGGAACCGGAGCUUGUGCUGUGGUGGUUGCUGCUGUUCUUGAAGGACGUGCCGGAAGGAGUUGCACGGUGGAUUUGCCUGGAGGCCCUUUAGAUAUUGAAUGGAAGGAGGAAGACAAUCACGUGUACAUGACCGGCCCGGCUGAAGCAGUGUUCUACGGAUCAGUUGCGGUGUGAUGAUUCUAAUAUUGCUAAGCGCCUGCAUGAAUUUUGUAGGAAAGAGAAAUCUACUUUCUGCAUCUUACAUUUGAUUUGAGGCUUUUCCAUCAUUAACGCGGUUAAUCUUUUGGGU